UCGCUGCUGCUGUGUUGUUGUGGUUGGAAAGUGGAAGGCCAAGCUGUAAAUUAUAUAUGCGCUCGCUCCGAUACUCUCCUCGAAUGAAUUUACAUAUGCAUUGCAACAAACACUUGUAAUUUGUGAUUGCCAAAGAUGCAGAGCGAAAGGCCUUGCUUCAGUUCACUUCACAGAGAUUUCUUCGAGUGCUGGAACGGAUGGAACGGUGCGAAGCGAUGGCGACGAUUCAGCUACUCGGAGAUUUUAAGUUUGAUUUCGCGUCGUAGUUGGUUCUUGCUGCACUAAUUGUUAAUUUAAUUAACGCAGUUUAUAUUAAAAAAGUAAACAGUAAAAGUGAUUAAUUAACGCAUAUGCGCUGGUCAGUGUUGUAUUUGUCUUAAUGUAUCGAUACUAGGCCUGGGGAAACAUCGAUGCGCUCAUCGAAGUUUUUCAGUGCGGCCGUACUUUUUGCUUAAAAUUAUCCGUUGGAAUUUAAACUAUUUCAAUGAAAUUUAUGAUUCGUUAACGAUUUAUCAACGCUAUAAAUUUAGCAAUUAUAUAAAAAAUGUAUUUAACAAUCAAAACUGACACAGAUACCUAAAACCCGUUGGUCAGAGCUCGGUGUUAACAUUCUGUAGUGUGGCCGGAGUUUCCGCAUAUUCCCAAUCAUAUGGUGCUCUUUACAUUUAUUAAAUUAGCCAGCACACCGGCUGCAUUCUUCCAACAAUGAGUUUAUUUUUAAAACUGGUGCUACUGGUCCUCGCUGUCCGGUUCACAGAGGCCCAAACGACGAGGCGCGAGCAGGCGCCCAUUGCCGAGUGUCCUGGCCACAGUGUCCCACACGUCAGAGCCGAGGCAUCUGAUUUCGAGAUUGCCAUGAUUUUGCACUACGUGUCCUGGUCGAGCGAAGCUCGAAGAGCGAAGACGCUCUACAACGGACUGGCAUACUAUUACCACGAGUACGCGUUCUUCGGGGCCGUCGACUGCUGGCAUUUUCAGUGCAACUGCAGUAGCACUCACGUUCCAACGCCUGGCGCUGGAGGCUAUCCGGACAAGUGGCCCACGUUGAUAGUGCGCUACAACCAGCGCCACAUUCUGCAAUACUCCGGAGACUGGAACUUUGAGGAUCUCGUGCGUUUCAUGAACUAUCUGAUCGAGCCCAUCGAUCGGGUGCACACCAGCCUCGAGCUGGCAGGACUAAGGAAGCACUCGGAUGCUGUCGUUCUGGCACUUCUGGACUCCGCUGACAGUCUGGCAUACAAACGCUAUAUGGCGGCCGCUGUUUGUUGGCUGGAGUUCGAUCCGGAGAGGAAUAUACGGUUCGCCCUUAACUUUGGGAAGAGUGCAAAGAGCAUGCUGAGAGGGGAGGACGUCACACUGCCGCAGCUGGUGGUCAUUGACAGCCGGAAUGGUGUGCAUACGUUCAACACAUCGUCGAGCGAUUGGCGUGCUUUGGACAUCGUCCGAUGGGUGCGUCACACCCUCAAGAGUCUGGCGUUCUUCUCGAAUGGAUAUGGAACCCCCACGACAAUAGCCUUGAAGGCGCGCUACACGCCCGUGCUGGCCAUGGGCGUAAAGAUGCCUCAGAGCCAUCACACUGCGAGUGCCAUGCCCUUGGUAAUGGUCAAGGAAAUGGCUUCCGCCCUAAAAAGGCAGACAGACAGCUGUGACGCGUACUGGACGAAUGAUGAGAGCCAUGCGAAGGUGGAGUCAUAUUCCUUGCUGCAAAUGCCCGCGGAACUAUAUGCAGAAACCUCUCAGAAUGCAGAGCAACGUGGCAAGCACUGCUAUAGAGCCUCGCAGCUGAAUGCAGCGACUCUGGCCAACUACUACAGGAUCAACAAGUACCUCAAUCAUCUCUGGCUAACUUAUACGCACCAGAACCACAUGGAGCGGUCGGCAGGCAGGGGCACGGAGUCGCGCCAGCUUCUGACUCUGCACCGGCGCAAUCUGUGCCUCGCCCAUUCCAACCAUGGCACGCCGGCCAUGAAGAUUGGCAUCGCCAACAUGGUGACCAAGUACAGUCAACUUAUCUGGCAACAUUCCGGAGAGGAUUUCCCCAAGAAUCGAUCUCUGGGCGUCGUGAUCUUCGACUCCAUUAAAUACGGUGACUAUCUGCAGCAGUUGGGCAUACAGCAGCAUCAGCACCACCAUCCCCACGAGCGAGACGCCUCAGCGGUGCAGGUCUUCAUAUUGGACAUGGCCGAGGAGGCGCUGCAUGUGAUGCCGCAGGACCAUCCGUUCUCGUAUGUGGCUCUCAAGGACUUCAUUCGGCAGUUCUAUGCCAAAACACUGCCCAAGGUUUACAAGAACGCGCUGCCACCGCCGGACACGGCUUUCCAUCGCUACUUCAACCGCCAAAUGCUUCUGCAGGCUCUCCAGCGGCCAAACGGCACGAAUGUGGUAUUCAUGUAUCGUCCAGACUGCGCCUUAUCCGCCGUACUAUCUCAAGCAUUCCUCCAGGUGUCGGCGCUGCUCACCAGUCCAAGCGUUAACUUCAUACGCUUCGACAGCCAGGCCAACGAUCUUCCAUGGGAGCUAUCCAUGCCGCUCUGCCCCACGCUGAUUGUCUUUCCGCAGGCGCGUCCCACCGAAUCCGUCGUGUUUCCGAACAAUGUCCGGAUUGAUGUAAAGACUGUGUUUGCCUUUGUCAUCGCCCAACUGGAGCCGGAGCAGCAGCUGCGAUCGGUGCUGGCCAGCUGCCGGCGACGGAUGAAGCAUGUCCGAAGCUGCCUGGACUUUGCCCGCAGUUUGGUGCUAAAGCAUGUGGGCCAGUAUCUGAAAUACUGGGAGAUCUACGAGCACGAGCGCGACCAGAUACUCGAGCAUCUCAAGCAGUUCAACGAGAUGCACAUAGCCAUAGAUCGUAGCAUAAGGUUAUAGCACAGCCCUUCCUUGUAAACUCUGUAGGCCAUUUGUUACUUAAAAUAAGUAAAACCAGACUGUAGUUUGUAUGUAAACUGUAAAGCCAAACCAUGUUUGUAAUUAAGUAGUAAACACUCAUAGCUAUAAGAAGAUAAUGCAAUAAUACAUACAUAUAUA